AUGGCAGACACUGGCUCGUUUAUCCAUAUAGCGCGGCCCCUGGGACCAGCCACCGUCGGAGUUGCGCCCACCACUGCCCCUCUCAACGUUAUCAUACAGCCCCAGGCUAUCUUCUCGAUUCUCGACCACUCUCUCCGACGCAAUGCUGACCAGGAACGAGUUAUCGGCACCCUACUUGGCACUCGAUCUGAAGACGGGACUGAGGUCGAGAUCCGGACUUGUUUCGCUGUCGGCCACACAGAGACGACUGACCAGGUCGAAGUCGAUAUGGAGUACCAGAAGCAGAUGCUGUCUCUUCACCUAAAAGCCAACCCCAAAGAGGUUCUCGUUGGAUGGUACGCUACCUCGUCGGAGCUCAACACAUUUUCAGCUUUGAUUCAGAAUUUUUACGGCGGUCACGGUGAUGGAACGUGGCCUCACCCAGCCGUUCACUUGACGGUUUCCACCGAGCCCGGAAAGGAUAUCGUGACCAGAACAUACAUCUCUGCACCGGUCGGUGUCACAACGGAGCGAGCUGCGGAUAGUGCAGCAUUCAUACCAGUGCCAUAUGAGAUCAGAUAUGGAGACGCAGAGAAGAACGGUCUGGAGGCGAUUGCGGCAGCUCGGGAUAAGGAGGACCGGACGACAAACCUGUUCACAGAUAUCGACAGUUUAGAGAGAUCUAUUGAGGAAGUCAUCGGUAUGAUCGAUCGUGUUUCCAGAUACGUGGAGUCAGUCAUGGACGAGGAGGCACCAGCUUCCACUGCUCUCGGCCAGUUCUUGUUGAACGCUCUCGCCCUCGCACCCAAGGUGGAUGCCGCUGAGAUCGAGAAUGACUUUAACAAACACAUCCAGGACGUUCUUGUUGUCUCGUACCUUGCCAACUCCAUUCGUACACAAAUGGAGCUCUCCAACCGACUUGCGACUGCCCAGCUUACCCUUGGAGGUGGUGGUGAAGGUAACGCGGCUGGAGGCAACGCCGGAGAAUCUGGUGGUCAGCGCGGCCACCGAUCAAACAGAGGUCGAGGUGGCCAACGAGGUGGUGCUCAAGCCGAGGAGUUGCGAGCUUAA